AUGGCGCUGCCCUGGGCACUCCUGGUGCUCAGCUUGUUCUGCCUGCAAGGCCCCUGUUUGGUGCUCCCUCCUGUGGGCGCCACGGAGCCCGUGGAACAACAGCUAUUUAGUGGUCAGACCCAGGAGAAGCUGCCCCCACCUGCCCUUCUCAAGCUGGUCAACCAGGAGCCAAGUGGUCCCGCUGCCUUGAAGAAGUCCCCAGAUGACUGCAAGGGAGCCCCGAGCCCGGAGCAGACCCGCAGGCUGGCCCAGGCCAUGAUGGCCUUCACCAAUGACCUCUUCUCUCUGGUGGUGCAGACAUCCACCAGCCCCAACCUUGUCCUCUCGCCCUUGAGUGUGGCCCUGGCCUUGUCCCACCUGGCGCUAGGUGCUCGGAACCAAACACUGCAGAGGUUACAACAGGUACUGCAUGCUGAGGACUUAGGGCCCUGCCUCCCUCACCUGCUGAGCCACCUCUGCCGGGACCUGGGCCCAACGGCAUUCCGAUUGGCUGCCAGAAUGUACCUGCAGAAAGGCUUCCCCAUCAAAGAGGACUUUCUGAAGCUGUCCGAGCAGCUUUUUGGUGCAAAGCCUGUGAGCCUGACAGGAAGGCAGGAGGAUGACCUGGAGAACAUCAACCAAUGGGUGAAGGAAGCCACAGAGGGGAAGAUUGAGGACUUCCUCUCAGAUCUGCCGGGCAGCACUGUACUGCUCCUCCUCAAUGCCAUCCACUUCCAGGGUUUCUGGAGGAACAAGUUCGAUCCAAGCCUCACCCAGAGAGAAUUCUUCCACCUGGAUGAGCAGUUUGCAGUGCCAGUGGACAUGAUGCAAGCCCACCCGUACCCUCUGCGUUGGUUCUUGCUGGAGCACCCAGAGACCCAGGUGGCUCACUUCCCCUUUAAGAACAACAUGAGCUUUGUGGUCCUUAUGCCCACACACUUUGAGUGGAAUGUGUCCCAGGUGCUGGCCAACCUGAGCUGGGACAUCCUGCACCAGCCCACGCUUAGGGAGAGGCCCACCAAGGUCCGCCUGCCCAAGCUGCUUCUGAAACACCAGCAGGACCUGGUGCCUACCUUCAGUCAGCUGGGCCUGCAGGAGCUGUUUCUGGCCCCAGACCUACGAGGGAUCUCGGACCAGGGACUGGUGGUGUCCAGCGUGCAGCACCAGUCAACCUUGGAGCUGAACGAGGCCGGCGUGGAGGCAGCCGCGGCCACCGGCACAGCCAUGUCGCGUAUGUCACUCUCCUUCUUCAGUGUGAACCGCCCCUUCCUCUUCUUCAUCCUGGAGGAUGCCACAGACCUGCCCGUCUUUGUGGGCAUCGUGAGGAACCCCAACCCCAGCGCGCCGCCCGAGCGCAAAGAGCCGCAGGAUUCCCCUGACGACCCCAGGGACUCCUUGCUGCUCCAGAAAUUCUUGCGCAGAGAGAAGGCCUUCGAUUCUGACCUGAAAUUGGAGCCUCCCUCAGAAGAGGAUUACCCUCAGUUCAGCACCCCCAAGUGAGGGCUUCCUCAGACCCUGCCUGGACCCGCCUCUUGACUUAAAGUGACUUUUCCCAGACAGCCUGCGGGGUGGGGGUUGGGCGCUGCGUGGGAGGAGAGGGGCUGCCCUUUCCUGCCUCCUCCCCAGCAGCCGGACCAUCCCCUAGCCCAUUCUUUCUGGGGGCUUGCAGAUCCAGUGUUGUUAGGGGGUGGGUUGGGGGUGUUCCCUGGAUCAUCAGGGUGCCUCCUCAUCGGUCUGCCAGCGGGAGGGACUGGAAGGAGAAGCUGCCUUUGGUCAUGCCCAAAGCUGCUUGGCCAGGCAAGGCAGACAGACACAGGUGGGGGUGUGGGAGGUCCAACAUGACCCUAUGUGUCCCUGCAUCCUGCUGUGUCUGUGGGUGGUCCGGAAACCAGCAUGACCCUACCCUGAAUGCCUGCCAGUCCCAGCCACACUGGUCCUUAGGGAUGCAACCAACACUGCCAGGUUCCCCCACCACCCCUGCUUCCCCAUUCUUCUUUCCCACCUUCCUCCUCUGCCCUGUUGGUAGCUCAGAGGGGCUGAGGCAGGGAGCAGCCCCAUAAACUCCCAAAGCUCUUUUGUAAAGUUUUUGUAGUGAUUUAUAUGCCACCAGAAUAAAGAAUGAAUAGAG